GAGGCUGGGGGUAAAGUCGCUCACCAGGACACCACGCAGUCACCAAGGCCCAUCUCAUUAUCAGUAAUUCGAUCUCAGGACUUGAAAGUGCCAAAGGAUGGAGUAUUUCUCCGAGGAGCAUUCAAAAUUAUUGUUAUCCAAGGAAUGGCUGGUGAAGAUUGACACCCAAACUUCAAUUCCUUAUCUGUUUAAAUUUUAUGCGUCGACAGUGGAUCUGUCUUGUUGCGUACUGGUGACUGACACUAAAACUUGUUGGGCUGAGGUCAUGAACAGUAAACAGUUUGCGCGUCGGUGGAGAGAUUGCAAUAAACAUGACAACUCGCAUUUCUCUGACAUGGAGGAAGAGGAGGCCUGGAGGACCCGCAACAUUGAUUUGUUGAACAAAGGCCAUUCCAUCGGCGGUAUAGCAGACCUAGCGUUUGAGGUUACAGAAUCGAGCUAUGCAGACUUCGCAUUCGAACUAGAAUCGGACCACUUCAAUUGGAGAUGGGAGACUACGCUCACUGGACACAGGUUAUCUGCCGAGCUCCUUUCAAAACACCUUAUCAUGCCACUGAUCAGUGUCAAUCAUAUGACCUUCUCUUCCACCGAUGCAGUGUGCGACAUAUCAGAAAGCGAUCUGGAGAAAGCUAUUGAUAAAGUUGGUCGGACUGCUCGAAGAACCGUUGAUACGCAUAUAAAAAAUGCCCUAUCUAGGCCUCGUGUGGCUACGACCCUACGGCGUAUGACGGCGAUGUUCAAUUUCAUCCCGGAUCUUCCAGGUAUAAUUACCAACGCAGAGAAGCCGGACCUAAGUAUUGACCAAAAGAUAAAACAGACCCCUGAGCGUCUAAUACACACGCGGUCGCCUUCACCAAAAUUGACCAUACCAAAUAGUAUCGAUUAUGAUGUCAGGAACGCCGAUAUUGGUAUUCCUAUGAUUCCUGAGAAUAGUCCAAGAAGGUCAUUACUUCGAUGUGAUUCUGCCACUGAGUCCGAACGCGAUGAUGCAGGCCCCUCUGUGCCCGUUCCUGCCAGGUCAAAGGACCAGUCGCCAUUACCUUCCCCAGCAGAUAGCCGUGCUAAUGGCGAGGCCGCCCCUUCCUCCUCGUACUCAUCACGACAGGUGUCCCCCCCUUCCCAGACUACUGUAACGAAAAGCGAGUCGAAAGAUGAUGCGUCAGAUUCGGAAUCGUCUCCUAUACGGCCGGUAAAGAAAGCAAGGGCACAACCAUCCUCGAGUGGUGACGACAGUGGUGACGAGCGCAAGAGAAAGGCUACACAAAUCAAAGCCGGAAUCACCGCCAAGCGAGGAGCGAGACAGCCAAUCAAGCGAGGGGGUAAACGAUUUUAGUCCCGCUUCCUUCCACUCUUCAUGAGGCUCAUAAAGUUCUCCCAUCGCCGAGAAGCCGAGGUCAGAUGGUAGAAUCAAUGUGAAGUUUCAUGGGUCUUGAAUCGGCUGAUAGACCAUGAGGUCCUUGUUUCCGUGGUUCUGUCGUGGAAAUGAUGUCGCUCCCUAUGCAGCUAUAUGUACAGUGUCCAAGUCAUCUCGCUAUGGCACGCUGGAAGGGCGUGGCAUUUUGAAUGUGAAAUAUUCACCCCCACGCUCUGGUGGGGCUGCGCAACAGUACUGCUUCUUUCAUGAGUAUUUUGGAGUGUCCCCCAGACAUCGGGACCGGUGGGAGAUAAGAUAUCAAGUAAUGAAGCGAGGGACUUAUAGUUGUGUGACACCCUACGAUAUAAAAGAACAGGAUAACAUUACAAUAAAAGCGAUAGACAGCAAAGUAUUGGUACGGUACAUUGAACUUGACAGCAUGUUAUGAAGUAUGUAGGGGAGGGAAUUGGUGAUCUCGUAAGUGAUGUGGCACUAAUGAUGGCGACCCGUCCGACGUGCAAAUUCGGCUGUUCUUGCUGCUUCUUCAGCAAUCUGGCAGUUAUCGCAUUUCGUCUGAAACAAAUUGCGGACCCUCCGUUCGUCAGAAUAUACAGCGUUGCAGCCGCAGUUCCGAGCUGUCUUAUGCAUGUGGGCAGAGCUCAGUUUACACGUUGGCGACAUGCAGUCAGUUGUAUCGCCCGUCUGGUAGGCUCGGACAUAAUGCUGGCACCCUCUAUAUUGAUCUCCGACACAUUCCAUGCUACACAUGAUAAUUUAUCGCGAGGAUAUGCGUGAAGAUUUAUAUCUGCAGCGGUUGACGCGUAUGGUAAGCCUG